AUGGGUGAUAUUGUCCUCUCGCAGAAAAAGCGCUAUGCGCUGAUCGGCACUGGUGGGAGAUCGGCUUUGUUCUACACCAGCAUUGCGAAGGAUUACAAAAAGACCAGCAGUCUCGUUGCAAUCUGCGAUACCAAUCAGACUCGACUCAACUAUGCGAAAGCCAAAAUCGAAGCCUUAGGCCACGAACCGGUCCCAACAUAUCUCGCUGCCGAUUUCGAUCUCAUGAUUAAGGAAACCAAACCAGACGAGGUUAUUGUCACCACCAUCGACCGUACCCACCACACCUACAUUGUCCGUGCCUUAGAGCUUGGCUGUAAUGUCAUCACCGAAAAGCCAAUGACCAUCGAUGUUCCGCAAUGCAACGAGAUCCUUUCGGCUGUUGAUCGUACCAACAAGAGGGUUAGGGUCACCUUCAAUUACCGUUACGCGCCCCACAACACGAAGAUAUUUGAAGUCAUCCGAUCCGGCGCGAUCGGUACCGUUACAAGCAUUCACUUCGAGUGGAUGCUCAACACAUCCCACGGCGCAGACUACUUCCGACGUUGGCAUCGUGAUGCUCGGAACAGCGGCGGUCUUCUAGUCCAUAAAUCCACCCACCAUUUUGAUUUGAUCAACUUCUGGCUGCAGUCUCGACCAAAGACAGUAUACGCACAGGGAGAUAUCAAGUUCUACGGGAAGAAGAACGCCGAGGAGCGGGGUGUGACCCAGUUCUACUCGAGGGCUCAUGGCAGCGAGGCUGCUAAGAAUGAUCCGUUUGCACUGCAUCUGGACGAAAACCCUCAGUUAAAGUCUCUCUACCUGGACGCCGAGCACGAAGAUGGAUACUUCCGUGACCAAAGUGUCUUUGGCGAUGGAAUCAGCAUUGAAGACACGAUGAACGUGCUCGUUCGAUACGAGAACAGCGCAGUCUUGACCUACUCUCUCACUGCAUAUGCCCCCUGGGAGGGCUUCCGUGUUAGCUUCAACGGAACAGGCGGUAGACUCGAGGCGGAGAUUGUGGAGAGCAGCUAUGUCAAUUCUGGUGGAGAGCAAUCCCUAGAAGGCGCCGCUGAAAGUAUAACUCUCCUUUUGCGACCUCUGUUCCAAGAGCCGCGCAAGGUUGAGAUUGAGCAAGGCGCAGGUGGACAUGGGGGAGGUGAUAAUGUGCUGCUUCGUGAUCUUUUCGGAGAAGCUGAGCCCGAUGAGUACAUGAGAGCUGCUAGUCACAUUGAUGGUGCGGCUUCUAUUUUGACCGGUGUCGCUGCCAAUCGCUCGAUCCGUACUGGACAGGUGGUGAACGUCAGAGAUAUUCUCGACCUCCCUUGA